AUAAGUGUGCCGUCUUGUAGCCGGAAAUUUUUUAUCCGGUACGGCUUGGUUUUUUCUUUUAUUGUUUACUUUCUAUUUCCUAACUUGUAUAUUGCACGGGUUUUUUGAAUCACUCGUCGUCCUACCUCAGGUCUGCACAGUCAUGCACUGUUUUUCUAGUCUGCCAACAAUUUUUUCACCAUGUUUUUGAAUAAAUAUAAUCAUCAAACGACAUGCGUUAGCUAGCUGUAUUCAGGAGACAGCAUAGUGAAAAAAUUGCAGAAUACAGAAAUCAACCAUGGCUCAGAAGGGAGAAACUUCUACUCCAGAAAAUACAUCAAGAAGAGUAAGAACACUCACACCUAAAGCACAAGAAGUUUAUCUGGAUAAAGUGAACAGAUAUGAAUUCAUAAUUUCACGUUGCAUUGAUGAAAUAAAGAAUAUUUUAAUGGAUAUAGCAUCCUGCAGUAAAGAAAUAAAGGUCUUAACAUCAUCAAAAACCGACCUUGAAAAUAGCCAUAAACGCUAUCAAGACAUUUAUCAAGAAUUUAGUGAAUUCCUGUCUAAUACAUACACUAAAGAAAGUAUUGAAAAGUUGGCUUCUGUUGAGAGAGACUUUCUGAACAUAGAUAAGAAAGUUCAAAACGCUUUAGUAAAAUUACAAGAUGACAUUGAUUUUGUGCAAUUGGAAACUUAUUCGAGUACAUCCCACAAUACUUCCAAAUCUACAUCACUUAGCCGACGCUCAGUGCGUUCCCUACAAAAAGCAAAAGAAGCAGAAACUCGUCUGAAAAUUGCUGAGCAAUCUGCUCAACUUAAAAAACAGAAAUCAAAAAUCGCCGUAGAAGAGAAAAUUCACUUAGCACAAAGUCAACAACAACAGGAAGAUCUGGAUACAGAAUUAGAUCUACUUCAAAAACAAGCAGAACUCGAACUGGCAAAUAUGCAGCUGGAAUUCGAACUUGAAGCGGAGGGAGAAAGUAUCAAACAUGAAGAUCUAGGACCCAACAUGCCCACUAUUCCAAGUAUAUCUGGUGAUCAGAAGACAAGAAACUUUGUUGAUAAUCUUACAUUAAACCAAGAUGUGAAACCUUCUGGUCGUAGAGUUCGUACUAAUUAUCAGCAGGUAGUGAAUCCUGAUUCAGACAAAGAAAAUCAUCCUGUACAUACUUCAGAUGUCCGUCAUCAUGAUCAACAAAGCAGAGACAAUGAUAACCGUACCCCACUACAAACUACUUUGAAUUUACCUUUACAGAACAAUUCAAAUUCCUCAAAUUAUCUUCUCAAGAAAAACUUAUUGUUGGAAAGUUUUCAGCAACAACGUUUUGAUGACAAAUCAGAUAGAUAUGUGGUGUGGAAAUCACAGUUUAAGACAAUGGUGUCAGAAAUCUGCUGUUCUCCGUUAGAAGAAAUGACUCUUUUGACAAACUGUACGAACAAAAACUCAGAAGCUCACAGAUUGAUCAUGAGCCUUAGAGCGUCCUAUGCAAGUGAUCCAAAGUUAUGUUUAGUGAACAUUUGGAAACGUAUGGAUGAAAGAUUUGGCUCUCCAGAAUUACUUGAAUCAUCAUUGAAAUCUAGACUACAAGCUUUUACGAAUUUCACAGACCCAAAGAAGUUGUAUGAACUCCAUGACUUACUUUGUGAGAUACAAGCCGUAAAAAGCAUUCCAGAAUACAGUGUCAUGUUUUCUUACCUUGAUUCAUCCUUAGGAUUGAAACCUACAAUUCAACAACUUCCUCGUUUUCUCCAGGAUAAGUGGAUUAAUCGUGUGGUCAAUUACAAAAAAGAACAUUCAACAGCCUUCCCUCCUUUUGGUGAAUUUGUGUCUUUUAUUGGUGAGAUGAGCAUCAUCAGAAAUGAUCCUGGAUUGAUGUUUGAUACUUCUAAACAACCUCGAUUUGACCGCAAAGAUACAAAAGUCAAAACUGUGUUUACUCACAAAACUGACAUUUCAUCUGAAACAGCAAACGUUGGACAUAUAUGUUUGAUUCACAAAGGAUCCAAACAUACCAUAAACAAGUGUAAAGCUUUCAGAACCAAAAGUAUCGAGGACCGUAAACAUAUUUUACGUGAUCAUAACAUUUGCUUUCGUUGCUGUGAAACAUCAGACCACUUCGCUAAUCGUUGCAAAGCUAGAAUUUUGUGUGAUGUGUGUAAAAGUAACUAUCAUUGUACCGCUCUUCAUGAGGAUGUUAGUUACCGUCAAAUGUCGAGGAACUUUCCUUCACCACAAACCCAUGGCGAGGAGGAAAACUUUUCUUCUGGAAUUGUGAACCAGUCUGUCACUACCAAGUGUACCGAUAUUUGUUGUGAAUUCAGUGGAAAGUCGUGUGCAAGGAUUGUACCAGUGCGGGUGUUUGUUCAAGGUCAACCUGAAUCAUCGAUACUCACUUACGCCAUGUUGGACGACCAAAGCAACAGAACUCUCAGUAAAAGUUACCUUUUCGACGCUUUGUGUAUCAAGACCAUGGCAGUGGACUAUACUAUGCAAUCAUGUUCAGGCAAGAUUGCAACACGAGGACGCAUUGUUGACAACCUUAUCGUAGAAUCGAUCAAUGACAAUCGCCAAUUAAAGUUACCACCUGUGUUGGAGUGUGAUAGUAUACCCAAUAGUCAGGCAGAGAUACCAACUCCGGAUAUCGCUCUUCAUUAUCCACAUUUGCAGGAUAUUGCUCGAGAUAUACAUCCAUUGGAUCCAUCUAUGGAGAUCCUCUUGCUAAUUGGACGGGAUCUUCCAGAAGCCCAUCACGUCAUUGAUCAGCGAUUAGGACCAUCGCGAUUUCCCUUUGCUCAACAAUCUCCCUUAGGAUGGACUAUAAUUGGAGACAUUUGUUUGGCUGGAAAACACAUUCCACCAUUACAGGUCAACAGAACCUACGUAGACAGAAGUGGUCGACCUACAAUGUUGGAACCAUGUACACAGAUGUUAAACAUUAAAAACACUGUUAUCACCUCGAAUAAGACCGUAAUUGAGAAAACAGACGUCUUCACGAAAACAUCAGAUGACAACAAAGUUGGUCUCUCGAUUGAAGACCACACUUUUCUGAAUAUUAUGGACAACAAGUUUCAUCUUGAUCCUACUGAGGGUAAAUGGACUGCGCCAUUGCCCUUCCGGCAAAAUCGUGAACAACUUCCAGACAACUACUCACAAGCGUUAUUCCGGGCCAAAUGUCUUGAUGCUUCUCUAAGAAAAAACAACACAAAAAAAGAACAUUUCAUUUCGUUCAUGCAGAAAAUAUUCGAUUGUGAUCAUGCAGAACUAGCUCCGAUAAUACCACCUGACAAAGAACAUUGGUAUCUUCCCCUGUUUGGAGUCUACCAUCCUCGUAAACCAGAUCAAAUUCGCGGAGUUUUCGACUCCUCAGCUGAAUUCAAGGGUGUGUCAUUAAAUGAACAAUUGUUGCAGGGACCUGACUUCAUAAACAACCUCUUAGGAAUUCUCAUUCGAUUUAGGAAGGAAAAUGUAGCUGUAGUUGCUGACAUCCAAAGCAUGUUUCAUUCAUUCCUGGUUGAUGAAGACCAUCGGGAUUAUUUACGUUUUAUGUGGCACAGAGAUAAUGACAUUGAAAGACCACUUAUUACUUAUCGAAUGAAAGUUCAUGUAUUUGGCAAUCGUUCUUCCCCAUCUGUUGCAAUGUAUGGAUUACGUCGUAUUGGUGAUUUGGCUGCUGAAAGUCAUGGACAGGAAGUGAAAGACUUUAUCGUGAAUGACUUCUACGUUGAUGACGGAUUGAAAUCUUGUGCAACUACUCGUGAAGCGAUUAACAUUCUACAGAAGACUAAAGAUGCCAUGAAAGAGUAUGGUGGAUUGCGACUUCAUAAAUUCGCUUCAAAUGAAAAAGAAGUAAUGGAAGCUUUUGACUCGAAUGAUUUGUCAAAGAAUAUUGUGGACCUUAACUUUGAGAAGGAUGUCUUAACUCAAAGCAGUCUUGGCCUUCUAUGGGAUUUACAAACAGAUACCAUACGAUUCAAAAUUUCUAGUGAAGACAAACCAUCUACAAGGAGAGGUGUACUUUCAGUUGUGAAUCGUCUCUAUGAUCCACUUGGAUUCAUUGCUCCUGUCGUCAUACAAGGCAAGAUUAUUCUGCGUAAAGUUGUGUCAAACACCUCCAGCUGGGAUGAAACCCUACCUGAACAUUUGCUCAAAGAAUGGGAAAAAUGGAAAAAUAACUUACCUGAUUUGGAAAACUUACGUAUUCCUCGUGUGAUUGUUCCCAAAUUGUGUGAAGCGUUUAGAAGGGAGUUGCUAGUUUACUGUGAUGCGUCUGAACUAGCCAUAGCUGCUGUUUGUUAUUUAAAGGCAAAGUAUUCAGAUGGUUCUUCAUCUCAAGGAUUUGUUCUAGGAAAAGCAAAAGUGGCACCUGUUAGUGGACAUACAAUUCCUAGACUAGAACUAUGUGCCGCAGUACUUGCUACCGAUAUAGCACAAAUAGCCGAGGAACAGUUAAAAGUGAAAAUAGACGACAUCAAGUUCUUCAGUGACAGUCGUAUUGUAUUAGGAUAUAUUAACAACACGAAAAGACGUUUCCUUGUGUAUGUAGCUAACCGCAUUGCUCAUAUCCACAGUCUCAGCAGUCCAACCCAAUGGUACUAUAUUCGCAGUGAAAUGAAUCCAGCAGAUGUGAGCACAAGAGGAAUUCUUCCAAAUGAAAUGGAAAAGUGUGUAUGGCUUUCCAACAUAGAAAACCUGGAGAUUGUGCCCUCUAUUGAACAAUUUCCUUUAGUGAGCCCCGAAGAGGAUAAAGAAAUCCGCUGUAAUAAAACUGACAUUGAAACAAAAACAGCUGUGGGUCUGGACAAUGAACUCCUUACAAGAUUCUCAAAGUGGAACAAACUGGUUGCUGUACUUGCUAAAGUUUAUGGUUUCAUUCAGAAUUGUCGUAACCCAAAGAGCAAAUUGAGUGAUGUUCAACUUCUUCACAACGUUGAAACAGUUAUAAUUAGAGACAUUCAGAAGAAAUUCUAUUUAGAGGAAAUUGAAAAUAUUAGAGACUCUAAGCCUGUGUCGAGAAAUAGUUCCAUUCAGAAACUUGACCCCUACAUCGACAGUGAAAGGAUUUUGCGUGUUGGUGGUCGCUUGAAGAAAUACAAUGAUGAUCCUUUAUUCAAGAAUCCAAUCAUUUUGCCUGCAAAACAUCAUGUUACCACUCUUAUUGUCAGAAAACUUCAUGAAGAUGUCAGACACCAAGGACGUCAUAUAACAGAGGGUCAUAUUCGUUCUUCUGGAUUUUGGAUCGUCGGAGGUAAAAGACUCAUUUCAUCUGUUCUUCAUAAGUGCGUCACUUGCAGAAAACUUCGGAAAAAACCUGAACAUCAGAAAAUGUCCGACUUGCCCGAGGAUCGUCUCAUACCUGGACAACCACCAUUCUCUUCUGUUGGAGUUGAUAUAUUUGGACCAUGGAACAUCAUUACACGACGUACCAGAGGUGGUGCAGCAAACAGUAAAAGAUGGGCCGCUCUAUUCACUUGCCUCACUACCAGGGCCGUGCAUAUCGAAGUUGUGGAAGAAAUGACAUCCUCCUCAUUUAUUAAUGCGCUUCGUCGGUUUAUCGCCAUACGUGGACCUGUUCAAGUCCUUCGUUCAGACAGGGGAACAAAUUUUAUUGGUGCUGCGAAGGAGCUGAAAGUCAAUGUCAUCAAUGUGGAAGAAGAACACCUUCAUACCUUUCUCAACGAACAGAGAACGACCUGGAUCUUCAAUCCUCCCCACUCCUCUCACAUGGGAGGAGUGUGGGAACGCAUGAUCGGGACUACAAGACGCAUAUUGGAUGCGAUCCUUCUUGAUUAUGGAUCUAGGAGUUUAACUCAUGAGGUUCUCACUACAUUUUUAGCGGAAGCCUCUUCCAUUAUCAACUCAAGACCUCUAGUGCCAGUGUCUACAGAUCCUGAAAAUCCCCUUGUGUUAUCCCCUUCAACUCUUCUUACUCAGAAAACAAGCAAUAAGGAUGUGAUAUUCGCUGAUCAUGAAAACAAAAACGAGCUAUUACAGACGCAGUGGAAGAGAGUUCAACAUCUUGCAUCCAUUUUCUGGAAACGGUGGAAGACUGAAUAUUUGAACACUCUACAGAUGCGCCGUAAAUGGAAUUCACAUCAAAGAAACUUAUCGCCUGGUGAUGUAGUUUUAAUCUGCGACAAAGAACUUUCCCGCAAUUCUUGGCCAUUGGGUAUAGUUACUAAGGCUUUACCAAGUGAUGAUGAACUUGUGCGUAAAGUGACUGUUCGUGUAAUCGUGAAUGGUGAACCUAAAAACUAUGUGCGACCAAUUACUGAACUUAUCGUAAUUCUUGAACAGUGAUCGUUUAGUGAAUCUUAUUUAUAAUUGACUGAAAAUGGACUGUGUUUCAAUUUAUGGACUGUGUUUCAAUUUGAAAAUGGACUGUGUUUCAAUUUAUAUUACAUGUAAAUUAACAAUUUGUCAUAUUUAGGGUGCUUAAAAGUUUAUUAUAGAGUGAUAUUUUCUAUAUCAGGCGAGGAGUGUGCCGUCUUGUAGCCGGAAAUUUUUUAUCCGGUACGGCUUGGUUUUUUCUUUUAUUGUUUACUUUCUAUUUCCUAACUUGUAUAUUGCACGGGUUUUUUGAAUCACUCGUCGUCCUACCUCAGGUCUGCACAGUCAUGCACUGUUUUUCUAGUCUGCCAACAAUGUAAGUAUCUGAAAGUCAUUAUCUUUGAGUCUUUUUGUUGUUAGGUUAUAUUUUUUACUCUCGGCUAUGUAUUUUGAUAAAUUACAGUAGUUUUUUCUUACAUAUUUCUAUGGUUUAGGUUAGGGGAGUUUGUUACAUUUUCAUAUAUACAUUUAGACUAGUUAUAUGGGAACUUCUCAGUCAUGUAAUGUUAAUAUACUGAUAAAAUUUAAGCUUCAUUAUACGUAUUUACACAUUUUCAUGACAUUAUCUAUUUUUUGGCUCUGUACAUCACAUUUAUUGUUUUUUCUUUUCUUGUAGUUUUUCACCAUGUUUUUGAAUAAAUAUAAUCAUCAAACGACAUGCGUUAGCUAGCUGUAUUCAGGAGACAGCA